CGCGUCUCUCUGGUUUCCAAUCCAUCCAACCUUCGUCGAGUCACUUUGCCCGUCUACACCGCCCAGGCUGCACACGAUGUCUGCCUCUCCUCGACCGGCACCCAUUGCUGGCGGCAGCGCCUCGCCCGAACCGGCGCAACGUAAGCGGCACAACUUGACGCCGGUCGAGCAGCAAGCACUAGCCCUCGCCCGGCUCCAGGCGUCGUCCAAGGAAGUCGUCAUCCCGCCCGCGUCGUCGUCGUCGGCCAAGAAGCAGCUGCGGCCGCCGCGCGAGAUGAUGAAAAAUGUCAGCGGGAGCAGCGCCGGGGCGGGCUCGGGCGAGUUCCACGUAUACAAGCACAGCAGGCGGCGCGAGUACGAGCGCAUUCGGCUGAUGGAGGACGAGGCAAAGGAGGAGCAGGAAAGGAGGGAGUUUGAGCAGCGAAAGAGGGAGCGCGAGAAGGAGCUCGAGGGCAAGACGAGCAAGAACAGGGCCAAGAGGGACAAGAAGAAGCAGCGGAAAAUGCAGGUCAAGGGCCCUGCGCCAGGUCAGAACGAGGCAGCGGGUGCCGGAAAGGAGGAGCAAGACGGCGACCACGACGACGGGGAAGCGGCGGCCAAGAAGAGGCGCAUCGCCAGCGCAGGGGCAGCGGGCGCCAGCGAGCUCAUCUUCCGAAAGAGAGAUUCAGACGACGAGGAAGAGGACGAAGACGAAGAGGCAGACGCAUGACAUAGAGAAUGUUACAAAUAGGAUGAUUGAUUGUUCUGUUGUCAUGUUUAUUUGUGAAAGGGUA